AUGGCGACACUUCUCCGUGACCCGAACAUCGAUAAUUACGACAUCAUUGCUAUUCAGGAACCAUGGAGGAACCCCUACAGCGCAACGACGCACCAUCCGGCCAAGGAUCGGUUCCACCUGUGCUACCCCUCGAGCGAGGAAAAUGGCCCGGCCAGGGUCUGCUUCUUCAUCAACAAGAAGCUCGACCACUCUCGUUGGCAGUUUAGGGAGGUUAGCAGAGAUCUCUGCACUCUGGUUAUCGCAACAGAUGACGAUACCGAAACAAGCCUGGUGCUACAUAAUGUGUACAACCCGUCACCGCGGGAGGAAGAUCGACAGCCGGUCCUACAGCAGCUACGAACAACACUGGAAACCCACCAGCACGUCGAGCAAAUCGUCGUCGGUGACUUCAACCUACACCAUGAGCUGUGGGGAGGCAGCGAUAUCCGAGCGCCGGACCGCGAAGCAACCGAGCUCUUAGAUCUAAUGGACGACAUGAACCUCACGAGUCAACUGAGAGCGGGAACCA